AUGCAGCUUGGUCAUAGCCAGCAAUUGGUUAUUCAGAAGGUGCGCGAGGCAUUGGAGACACACGAGUCCAUGUGUAGGGAUAUCAACCAGAAGAUCUGGUCAAAGCCUGAACUGGCAUUCGAAGAGCAAAGCGCCCAUGACAAUAUCUGCGAGCUCUUCGAAAGCCUCGCCGCGAAUGGAUACCGGGUCAAGCGUCAGGCAUAUGGGAUAGAAACCGCGCUGGAGGUGAGCUAUAGGCAGGGCAAGGGAGGCCGAGUCGUUGCAUUCAAUGCCGAAUAUGACGCAUUACCUGGGAUGGGACAUGCGUGUGGUCAUAACCUAAUUGCGACGAGCUCAAUUGCUGCUUUCAUGGCUACUUGUGAAGCAAUGUCUGCUUUAUACACUGAUGACAUUGGUUUCACUGCACGUCUCUUGGGAGCCUACAAGGAUGUCGACGCAUGCUUCAUGGUACAUCCUUUCCCCAUUCUUUCCGGGGCUCCCGACCUUCUCAGCUCGAGUUCUUGCACUGGGCAGUAUCUGGCCAACGAUAAAGUUUCCGUCACCUUCACAGGGAAGCCCGCGCAUGCAUCAGCUGCGCCUUGGGAAGGGAUCAAUGCUCUGGAUGCAGUUGUCGCCGCUUACAUCAACAUCUCUAUGCUUCGACAGCAGAUUCUGCCCACGCAGAAGAUUCACGGUGUUGUAUUGAGAGGAGGCGAGCGACCAAACGUUAUCCCAGCGUCCACAACCGUGGAGUACUACAUUCGAUCAGAGACGGUCAGCACAUUGAAGCCAUUGACACAACGAGUUUUGAAAUGUUUUGAGGCUGCUGCGACUGCAACGGGAUGCACGGUCGAGUAUGAAUGGGAGCCUUCCUACAAAGACAUGAAAGAUAACCGACCGAUCUGUAACAGCUAUGCUGCUGCAAUGAACGCGAUGGGCUACAGUACAAUCCUCGAUGCUGCGGGUCAGCUGGGCGGACUCAGUGGAGGCUCCACAGACAUGGGCAAUGUUUCAUAUGAAGUCCCGGGCUUCCACGGGGGAUUCUACAUUCAGACCGAUGGAGUUAACCACACACCGCAAUUCACCACUGGCGCAGGCUCCGAAGAAUCAUUCAAGCGAUCUUUGUGGUGCGCGGCCGGAAUGGCAGUGGCCGCUUGUCAGGUACUAACGGAUGCAGCCUUCGCUGCGGCAAUCAAGUCGGAUUUUCAGAAAGACAAAUAG